UUGGCGAUUUCCUGAAGAUUCCACAAACUACGCGGUCACCUUGAAAAGUCGUCGAAGUUCUCCAUUCUGGGCGAUUGCGGCGCGAUGAGCUCCUUCCACGACCUGUUGGCGCUGAGCGACCUGCUCCAGCCUGCCGAGGAAGACGACCGUCACGAGGGAGCCGUGUCGAACGGACCUGUGCCGCACGCACACGUCGCAUUGCCAAAAGAAGCAAUGAAUCGGCAGAUUGGACAGAUCGUCACUGCCGAUCCCAAGGCGAUCUGGACCGACGAUGAAGUUGGCAGCGACGGAGACGACGACGAAUUCGACACGCGGCGGCGCCCCAAGCACGAAGUGUUGUUCAAGCAGGAAGUCAUGACGGAGGACGUGUUUCUCGGUCUUGGAGACAAGGAUCCGUCCGUGGCCAGUUGCGACGCCAUGACGAUCAAGAUAUCUUUCCCAGGUCACCGUCUCGAUGAAAUUGCACUCGACCUUACCAAGCACAAGCUUAUCGCUCAAUCGCACGCUCUGAAACUCUCGCUCUACCUCCCCAAUCCCGUCCGGCACAAACAGGGCAAAGCCACGUGGGACGCCACAACCGACACGCUCGCCGUCACCGUCCCCAUCAUCAAGGACGAGUGGUAGGCGCGCCAUGCGACGAACAAGCGGGUGAAUGUUCUUUUUCAAUGGAAUUCAAAACAAUCAACUUGAGCGUCAAAGGUGCAUCCGGAUAAAAGGUGGUGGGUACCUUAUGUAAGUGCAUUAUUAUUCCUCUGCGCUGUGUCC